AUGGCAGAAUUAGUUGUAUCAGGCCUUCUUCAAGUGAUUAUCGAAAGACUAGCCUCCCCAAUCCUAGAACAGUGUGAACUGUUGUGGGGUGUUCGCGAUGAGAUUGAAAAUCUAAGAAGUAAGUUAUCAACGAUACAAGCCGUGCUUGAAGAUGCAGAGGAGCAGCAGGUAAAGAGCAAGGCGCUGCAGAAUUGGCUGGGAAAGCUGAAAUGUGUGGUUUAUGAUGCAGAUGAUAUAUUGGAUGAUUUCACAAUAGAAAUGGAAGCAGAACCAAAAGUGGAAGCUAAACGCAAAAAAGUGGAGAUUGGGGAUUGCUUUAAGAAGGUAGGCACGUUCUUUUCGGCAUCCAACCCGCUGGUGUCCCGUUCAAAUAUGGCAGAUAAGAUAAAGGAGAUAGGGCGGAGAUUAGAUGCGAUUGCUGAAGAGAGGUCUAAAUUCCAUUUGAAAGAGGUAGAACGGGUGUUGGAGAUUCAAGGCCGAGAACCAAGUGUUCACUCCCCAAGUGUAGGGUUCAUGUAA